ACAUUUCUUUUCAUGUUUGUAGGUACGUACGUCUUGUCUUGUCAUUGGGACAUUACUUAUUUUCUUGGUCAUUACGGUCGUGCUAAAAAUAUAAAAAAUUUCCGGCAUUUUCUUUCACCACUCGUUUUUUAGCUUGCUAUUUUAAAAUGUCCGAAGUAAAAAUCAUAGCAGCAAGUAUAGUGAACUUUUUGAAACAACAACUUGAAGGUGACACGCUCAGUGUAGAUUCAAGAGAGAGCGUUGAAGUCGGCGUGCAAUGCAUCGAAACAGCUUUUGAACUUAGCCCGGAAGAUGCAGCUAAAGCUCUGGAUUUACUGCAGCUGGUAAGGCAACAACAUAGCCGCGCCGAGCCGCCUGUCGAUUCUGCUGAAGCUGAGCGUUUGAAGAAUGAAGGAAACGUACUCAUGAAAGCUGGAUGUUAUCGAGAAGCACUCGAAAAUUAUUCUCGUGCUAUAGAGUUAGAUCCGCGCAACUCCGUAUAUUUGUGCAAUCGCGCGGCAGCUCACUUUAAACUUGGCCAGCACGAAGACGCCGUUGCCGACUGCACAGCCGCUUUGGCAUUACAACCUAACUACGUAAAAGCACAUGGAAGACUGGGUCUUGCACUUACAGCGCUAGAGCGACACCGUGAAGCUCGCGCGGCUUACGCUCGUGCUGCACAGCUGGAGCCUGAUAAUGAAUCCUACAGACAGAACCUCCGUCUCACUGAUGAACGUCUUGCACAGCGUGGGGAAAGGCCUCCAUUAGACCUUGGGGGCCUUCUUCAGAAUCCAGCCUUACUUAACAUGGCUACAGAGAUGCUUGCAGAUCCAAACAUGCAAAAUCUUAUUUCAGGAUUAAUGAAUAAUGCAACUGCUACUGGUAAUGGUGCUGGAGGUGCUGGAGGAAUGAGUGCCUUGUUUGAGGCUGGUCAGGCUUUAGCUCAACACAUGCAGGCUGCUAACCCCGACCUAGUGGACCAGCUCCGAAGGCAAGUCCGCCCUCCUGGCCCUGGUGGAAAUCCACCUUCCUCUCAGUGAUUGCAGAGUCCAUUGUAUCUACAUAGAGAUACAUAUGGAUAUUUAUUAUAUUCUUGGCUCUUUGUUGCGAUACCACAGGGUUGUACAUUAUUUCCUCGUACCAAUAGCAGUGCGUCCUUUUCAUCACAGAAUUUUAAUCUAAGCUGACAUAUAUAUUAUAAUCUGUUUACACAUC